GAGAGGUCACAAGAUUGUUUGGAGGGGGGGCAGGCAGGGGUGGGGUUGGGGGCUCGUCGCCCUUUCAGGCUCCACCCUUUGCGGAGAUUAUAAAUAAGCAGGAUCCCAGCCAGACCGAGAGAUGCUGUAAUGGUGAGAGUUUAGAGCGUCCCUGAGGACCUGGAGAGGACUUGCUGCUGAGAAGGACGUUUUGAAGGUUUCGUUGGCUGAAAAAGGUGUCUGUGGAAUCACACUCCUAGAUCUUUCUUGAAGACUUGAAAAGAAUUAGAUCAGGGCCAUGGGGACACAGAAGGUCACCCCAGCUCUGAUCGUUGCCAUCACAGUUGCUACAAUCGGCUCAUUUCAAUUUGGCUACAACACUGGGGUCAUCAACGCUCCUGAGAUGAUCAUAAAGGAAUUUGUCAAUAACACUUUGAAGAACAAGAAAAAUGCCCCUCCUUCUGAGAUGUUGCUCACGUCCCUCUGGUCCUUGUCCGUGGCCAUAUUCUCCGUGGGUGGUAUGAUCGGCUCCUUCUCCGUCGGACUCUUUGUCAAUCGCUUUGGCAGGCGCAAUUCAAUGCUGAUCGUCAACCUGCUGGCUGUCACCGGCGGCUGCCUUAUGGGCCUGUGUAAAGUAGCCGAGUCGGUGGAAAUGCUGAUCCUGGGCCGCUUGGUUAUCGGCCUCUUCUGCGGACUGUGCACAGGCUUUGUGCCCAUGUACAUUGGAGAGAUCUCGCCCACUGCCCUGCGGGGUGCCUUUGGCACUCUCAACCAGCUGGGCAUCGUUGUCGGAAUUCUGGUGGCCCAGAUCUUUGGUCUGGAAUUCAUCCUUGGGUCUGAAGCGCUGUGGCCAGUGCUACUGGGCUUUACCAUCCUUCCUGCUAUCCUACAAAGUGCAGCCCUUCCAUUUUGCCCUGAAAGUCCCAGAUUUUUGCUCAUUAACAGAAAAGAAGAGGAGAAUGCUAAGCAGAUCCUCCAGCGGUUGUGGGGCACCCAGGAUGUAUCCCAAGACAUCCAGGAGAUGAAGGAUGAGAGUGCAAGGAUGUCACAGGAAAAGCAAGUGACCGUGCUGGAGCUCUUUAGAGUAUCCAGCUACCGACAGCCCAUCAUCAUUUCCAUCGUGCUCCAGCUCUCCCAGCAGCUCUCUGGAAUCAAUGCUGUGUUCUAUUACUCAACAGGAAUCUUCAAGGAUGCAGGUGUUCAAGAACCCAUCUAUGCCACCAUCGGUGCGGGCGUGGUUAAUACUAUCUUCACUGUAGUUUCUCUAUUUCUGGUGGAAAGGGCAGGAAGAAGGACUCUGCAUAUGAUAGGCCUUGGAGGGAUGGCUUUUUGUUCCCUGCUCAUGACUGUUUCUUUGCUACUAAAGGAUGACCAUAAUGGCAUGAGCUUUGUCUGUAUUGGGGCUAUCUUGGUCUUUGUGGCCUUCUUUGAAAUUGGACCAGGCCCCAUUCCCUGGUUUAUUGUGGCCGAACUCUUCAGCCAGGGCCCCCGCCCAGCUGCGAUGGCAGUGGCCGGCUGCUCCAACUGGACCUCCAACUUCCUAGUCGGAUUGCUCUUCCCCUCUGCUGAUACUAUUUAGGACCCUACGUUUUUAUUGUCUUCACCGGCUUCCUCGUUACCUUCCUGAUCUUUACCUUCUUCAAAGUCCCUGAGACCCGUGGCAGGACUUUUGAGGAUAUCACGCGGGCCUUUGAAGGGCAGGCACAUGGUGCAGAUCGAUCCGGGAAGGAGGGCAUCGUGGAGAUGAACAGCAUCGAGUCUGCUAAGGAGACCACCACCAGUGUCUAAGUCACGGCUCCUUCCACCCCCCUCCCGGCAUGGGAACGCCACCUCUCCCUGAACGUCAGAGAGACUUCAUCAGGAUGAACCCAGGACGGCUUCUGAAUGCUGCUAUGUGAUUCCUUUCUUAUCCCAUGUACUCCAUGAGCACCCCAAGGCUGGGGUUUGUUGGAUUUUUAAUGGCUUUGAAAAUAUUUUGUUUCCUGGACAUUCUCUUCUGCUUAGGAGAGACCAAGUGAACCUACCUUCAUUUCAGGAGGGAUUGGCCGCUUGGCAUGUGACAACUUUGCCAGCUUUUCCUCCCUUGGGUUCUAAUAUUGCCCCACUAGGGCAUAUAGGAGAGGAAAAGUAAGGUGCAGUUCCCCCAGACUCAGACUCAUCAGGAAGCAGAUGAGUGUGGAAGGCAGAGGGACUUUAUGUAAGAGCACCUUCUUCGCUUCCACACAGCUCUACACGGCAGGUCAGCUUGAGUUUUAUUUAUUUUAUGCUCUGGUUUA